AUGAGUGUUCCUUAUGAUGCUGGUUCCCUUCCUGCGUACUACAAUCAGCGCACUACCAAACCUGCGAGUCACAUACCUUACUACCUCGAUGUCCCAAAGCCUGUACUGUAUUCAUUUGGAUAUGGAUUGUCAUACACGACGUUUUCUCAGAAUUUACAAAGUGCCAAGUCUACUUCUGAAGGUCGCAAUAACGGCACUUUCUCGCACGGCGAUACUGUUGCCUUUACUGUGUCCGUCACAAAUAAGGGCACUGUGGCUGGAAGAAGCCAUGUUCCCGAGAUCUACCUCCUGAGACGUUGGGGGUCGUCCGUUACAACGCCCAAUAAGCAGCUCGUCGCACUUACUCGCCUUGAAAUUAAUGCGGGAGAGACUGUCACUGCAGUGUUGGAAUUGGAGGUGGACCGCUAUCUCCCCGUUAUCAAUCGCGAAUAUGAGCGCGUAUUGGAGGCAGGGCAAUACACAUUUGCCCUAAUGGACGACGGAUCACUCGACGCCCCGACAAUCGCAGACGUUACACUGAUCGUUGAGUCCUCGCACACAUAUCAGAAGUACUAG